AUGGAUCAGCCGUUACUUGGUAGUGGUGGUGCAGCAAGAUUAAUUGAUGUUCAAAAAAUAGAAACGCUUCCAAAUGCUAAUGAAAAACCUCAAAUCGAAGGUGGUGGUUGGAAAGAUCGUGGAUUUGCGAUCGCAUUUUGGAUUCAUGUUUUGUGUGUCGUCAUUAUUGGUCUGGUGUUAGGAAUACCAGCCAUACGUUAUGAUACCAACGAAACGUUUGAUGAUUCAACAAGAAAACCCCUUGAUUUUGAUGCAAGUUUAUUUUUGAGAAUAUUUAUGCUGGCUAGUGGAGUAGGCGGUUUUGCAUCAGUAUUCUUCUUUUUUGUAUUACAACGAUGUGCAGGACAAUUAAUCAAAUGUAGUUUAUACACCGGUUUAUUCAUGCAAAUUGUAUUCGCAGCAGUUAUGUUCAAAUUUGCAUGGGGUUUCGGAAUUUUUAUGCUCCUGUUCAUAUUUCUGACAAUAUGGUACAUUUACUAUGUUCGAAAUCGAAUACCGUUUGCUGAAGCACAUAUUAAAACAGGCUGUGCUGCUCUUGCUCGUCAUCCAUCAGUGUAUUUUGUUGCAUUGGGGAUGCUUAUUGUUCAAUGUUUAUGGGUAUUCUUUUGGUCAAUGCUUGCACUUGGUUUUGAACAUGCUAUUAAUGAUUAUCCACGAAACAGCACAUUAUAUGACAAUGUAUCGAAAGAGGGAUCAAAAAGUGGUGGUGGUAUAUUCGUAUUUGUUCUACUUGUAUCAUUAUAUUGGGGUUCAAUCACUUUUAAAACGGUUGUACAUUUUGUAUCUGCGUGUGUUGUUGGAGAUUGGUGGUUUACCAACUCAGACCACAUUGUUCGAUCAUCUGUUAAUCGUGCAUUCACAACUAAUUUCGGUUCACUAGCUUUUGGUUCGUUAAUCGUAGCUGUUAUCAAAAGCCUACGUACAAUAGCACAAAAUGCUCAAAAUAACGCACAACGUCAAGGGAAUAUUGUUGUGACAUUGAUAACAUGUUGUGCCGCGUGUAUACUUCAGAUAUUAGAACGUGUUAUUGGUUUUUUGAAUGAGUGGGCAUUUAUUUUUUGUGCAUUAACUGGUGCUUCGUUUAUUCAAGCGUCGAAAGAUGUUGUUGAAUUGUUUAAACGUCGUGGAUGGACGUUGAUUAUAAACGACGAUCUAACUGGCAAUGCAUUGGCAAUCACAAGUUUAGCUGUCGGAUUUAUUUCUGCCGCUAUUGGAGGUAUAACAGUUUAUACUGUAAUGCCUCAUAAUCCGAGUCGUAUCGAAAUUGCUGGUAUAGGAGCAUUUUUCUGUUUUCUUAUUGGCUUGGCUAUGAGCACCAUAAUGACUUCGAUACUAACAUCAUGUGUAAGAACAGUUUUUGUUUGUUUUGCUUUGAAUCCAAGCGCUCUUGCAAGCACUCAUCCCGAACAUCUCUCUGAAUUAGUGACUGCCUGGUAUAGGUUUCAUCCACAAGAAUUUGCGCAGAGCGGCUACGCUUACCAUCUUCCAAAACCACCAUCAACAGAAGUUUAA